AUGUCGACCAAUUUCAGCCUGACAGAUAUCUUCCCAACGGAUGCUAGCCAAGAUAACUACACAGAAUGGGAGCAGAGAAUUUAUGAGUAUGUGGAACAAAGGAUUUUCUCAGUCUUUCUUAUUUUCAUCUGCAUUUUUGGAUUUCUGGGGAAUGGAUUUGUGAUCUGGCUUCUCGGCUUCCGCAUGAAGAGGAACUCUUUCACCGUCUACAUCCUGAACCUGGCCGUAGCCGAUAUCGGAGUCCUCUUCUCUAUAGCGAUCUUUUUUGUUGUUGGAUGUUCCUCUUCUACAUUCCUAUGUGAGGAGCUCAUCAUAUUCACAUACAGCACUGGCCAGUUUCUCCUGACCGUCAUCAGCAUUGAUCGGUGUGUGUGUGUCCUCUUCCCGAUCUGGCAUCAAGUCCACCGCCCGGUUCACUUGUCCAUCAUGGUGUGUGCCCUCAUCUGGGUCUUCGCCUUCCUGCUUAAUGCCAUUCACUUCACGGUCCUCCAGACCAGAAACCUCAAAAAUAAUAACCAGCUCAUGUUCUUCCAGUUUUUUGUGAAUGCCUUGCUUUGUGUUCCAUUCAUGGUGAUCUCCGCCUUGACCCUGUUCAUCAAAAUAUUUUUAAAGCCACAACAGCGCCGGCGAGGAAAGCUUUUAACGGCCAUCUUUAUUACUCUCCUCUUUUUCCUCAUCUUUGCUUUUCCACUGAAUGCCAUUUACUUGCUCUCUACAUUGACCAAAAAACCUCUUCCCACUUCCAUGCGGUACGGCUUGUUAUGUGCCUCGCUAAAUAGCAGUGUUAACCCAUUGAUUUAUUUCCUUGUUGGGAGAAAGAAGAAGAAACAGCCUAGUGGAAGUAUGCAAGUUAUCCUCCAGAGACUUUUUGAAGAGGAAUAAAGCUAUGGAGGGCAGUUAGAAUUCCCUGUUAUACUA